GCACCCGGCUCGGUAUUUUUACCGCAGGCAUUUUGCAAAGAAGUGGGAAAAUGCCAUGACCAAGCCAUGGCCAUUCCACGAGUUGGCAGCACUGCAGAUGCUUAUGCAACGUACUACCACUGCAGGUUGACGGAGGUCACCAGCCGCCACCUGAGCCAAAGUUUUCCCCGCCUUACUUCUGCGCAAGCAUCCCUACGACGUGGUGGAAAGGAGGAGCUUCCGGCACCAAUCACGCGGCGCUUGUCAGAAGAAAAGACACAAGAGUUCAGUAAGAAGAAGUUCUUGCACUCUUUCUCCACCGUGCAGGAAAACUCUGUGAACCAUUGGCAGGGCAAUGAUGACAGCGGAAAUAUGCUAGCUUCAAAGCUCAAAGGCCGACUGAUCAACAAGCUCGGGAAAGCAAGGGCUGCCUUGGGGCACCACUUGCCGGACAUUCACAAGAACCCUUUUGAGAUCGAAGAGAGCACAAGUUCAGAUGCUUUCACUGCGGAAAGAAUGGUCAACGUUCUAAAGGACUCGCGAUUCUUUAGAGACUUGGAUGCUGCUGUCCUAGAAACCUUGCCACAGCACGCCAAAUUCUUGAAUGUGCCGAAUGGCGGAGUCCUCUUUCGGCAAGGUGACCCGGCAAAAGGAUGCUACAUCAUAGUGAGUGGCAAAGUGGGCUUCUACGCAGGUAGCACGAGCGGCACUCCACGCCAGCCAGCCACUGAGCCCAAUGAACAGAUUCCAGAAGCAGCCAGACGCAUGAAGACGUUUGAAGGCUUUAGCACCUUCUCGAAGGUCUCAGACUACGGCCAGUGCGUGAAAAAGAGCGGCACAGGGGAAGUCUUCGGGGAGUUGGCGCUCAUGGACGGCGGCUCUGCGCCUCGGAAGGCCACAGCGCGAUGCCUCGACGAGUCUGAGCUCCUCUUCGUGUCAGGGGAAGGCUUCGAGGAAGUCAAGCGAUAUGUGAAAGAGCUUGAGCAGCAAAAGCGGGAAUUUUUGGUCUCUUGCUUGCCUGGAAUGAAGGAGGCCAAAAAGGCCGGGGGUCAUAGCUCUGCAAAUUGCUUUCACCAGGAGCGUCAUGCUCAAGGAACAUUGCUUUUGAAGCAAGGCACAGCGGAAGAACAAACCAUUUAUGUCAUCGUAAGUGGCACAGUCGAGCUGGUGCGGACAAAGCGAGGAGAUGCCAAAGACAUUUUAGCCACCCUUGAAACUGGUGACAUGUUUGGCAGUUUCGGCUCGUCCUUCAAGAUGCCCUUCUCGGCGCGGGUAACGUCAAGAAACUGUGAAGUUCUUUCAGCCCGAGAACGUGACAUCAAAAUCUUGCCGGCAAAGGUUGUUGGGCAGAUCAUGGCACAACUCUCUGCAGAUACAGCCGAGAGACUUCGCAGAAGCUGUGUCUUUCGCGGUAUGGGUUGGCAAAAGCAACUGACCUUGAACCGCCGUUCCGACACCGAUGCUGCUGCUGACCUGCUGGAGUUAAACUCACGAGACCUGAGGAUGCAUCUCUCUGCUCAUUUGUGGCAGGCCAAGUAGGCAUCAUUUAGAGUGCGAUACUUUGUGGUAUCUUUCAACCUGAGCCAUGUCUUUUCUCUGCAAGGGAAAUUGAUAAUUUUUUGAACCAAAGCCUAGCAGACACGAGGUCACCAGGCCCACAAGCAGCAAGGCACUGUGUGCCAAUCUUCGCAGAAUCCACUUCCACGCUGCAAAGCAGCGAUUGGGAUUUAAGAACAGAGAGGCAGAUAGCAUCAGAUGGCCCACAGGGCCAAAGAGGUGGAAUUUUCAUGGCACUUGUUGGAUUCGAGGCUUUCAGUAGUUGUGA